AAGUGAGGCAACUGCUCCGAAUCAGCCUACGCAUUUUGACAAUGGUCUCCGUCCUGCAGUGAAACUGGUCGAAAGGCUCGGCUGUCGUCUGCUGCGACGAUUGGCGCACACUUUAUCAUCAUUCCGUAGAGAAGAACAUGCUGGUGCGACUGCUGCUGCUGGCGUCGAUGCUAGCGGUGGCUUUUGCCAAGGAAGGCGUGAUGCGGACGCGCCCCGUGCUGCUCAUGCCGGGCUUUGCGUCGUCACAGCUGCAGUCCUGGAGCCAUCGCCGCUGUGAGACAGGAUUCCGCAAGAAUUUAUACCGGGACAUCAAGUUCGGUGACCGCUUAUGGGUCGACGUAGCGCGUAUAUUGGCGCAAAGCGAUUGCUGGAUCCGAUGCAUGAAGCUGGACAUCACGACACAGGAGGAGCUCGAGUGCAAGUUGCGAGCUGCACAAGGCCUUGAAGCGGUGUCUGAGCUGGAUCCAGGCAUUGUGACGGGUCCGCUGUCGACGGUGUGGCGCAGUAUUAUUCACGAUUUGGUGGACCAUUUCGAGUUGGACCCUGAUCAAUUGGUUGUGGCCACGUACGACUGGAGGUUGCCGCCUAGCAAGUUGCAGGAGCGCGAUAAGUACUUUUAUUCUCUAAAGAAGAAGAUUGAGUACACAGUGGAGCUGGACGGCAACAAAGGUGGACUUGUCGUGAUUGCGCACUCGAUGGGUAACGGUAUUUUCCGCUACUUCCUCGAAUGGCUGAAGGAGGAAGUGGGAAGGAAUAACUGGCAAAAGUGGAUCGAUGCCCACAUCUCGGCGUAUUUUGCAGUCGGAUCACCACUACUCGGAAGUGCUGAAUCAAUUGAGCUGAUCACUUCAGGUCUCACGGAAGGCCUACCAAUCACGCAGAGCGAAAUGCGCAAGCUCGUUGUGUCAUUCGGCUCCAUCUUGAGUUUCAUGCCGAUAUCUUCGGGUUUAAAUUCGCCCAAGGACAACGAAGUUCUGAUUACUGUGCACUCCCAACAAGGAGUUAUUCCAAAUGAUGACCCAGUGCUGUCUCGUAACUACACCAGCGCUGACGUUGCCUCGGGGCAGCUUUUCCGCGAUAUGUCUGUGCACGAUCCGAUCUUCGGUAAAUUGGAGACAUUACGCAAGAAAUUCUACGCGGAGGAUCCCGUUCUCGAUUUCUUUAAGCCCUGGGAACGUCCUCCGAUUGCUUCGGUCUACAGCGUUUACGGCGUCAAUGUUCCAACCAAAAUAUUUUACGAGUAUGAAAAUUCGGAAACACCCGGGCACUGGUUCCAGGUGCAAUUCACGAAUGAAGAAGGACAAGAGCCAACCUGCAGUAAAACGGGUGAUGGCACUGUGCCUUACCAUUCGCUCUCCUGGGCUCACACUUGGCUGGGCUCUAAAGGAUCCUCCGUUCGUGUCACCCAAACUCCACAAUCCGUUUAUUUUUCGGCUGAAAACAUCACGCGGGUUCGAGCUGUACGACACGCGAGCAAUCAUCAUGCAGAAUACUCGCUGUUGAAUGGCAAGUUGCCCAUUUGCGAGGCAGACGACGGAUCCUCCUCUUUCAGUGGCACCGCGGGCUUCUUCGCUGGGCUCUUCGGACCACUUAACCGCGACAGGAUCACAUUCUUCGAGAGCUCCAAAGAAAUGGACGGAGUGACUCAGUCGACUGGCGUGUGGGAAAUCGAUGGGGUAGGUCACCGUGACAUUCUCUCCAAUCCGGCAUUUCUUCGUGAGCUACGCGCCGAGUUGCGUCACAUUUUCAACGGCAAAACUAACUCGGACAAGGUAAGUCCAUCGCUUCUUGACAAGUUGUGCUAUGUGAAAACUAACAAAUUCAUUCAAUGUAUUGAACAACGAUGCAGUCCUCUCGUCCGCCGGUCAUCGACAGUGACUGCUACUGGAACUACCGCCACGCUCACUGCGAGUUCCCAGAGUUCUGUGAAUACCGCUAUGUCUUCGGAGACAUGACGUUCGACCAAUCCUGCCGUGUUCGGCUUAAAGGAACCCUUCCUGCGCCUCCAGCACACACAAGUCCCUUUCUUGGUGUCUCGGCAUCGUCACCAAGCAAGGAGUCAGUCGAGUUAUCAUUUACGGGACCGUACUGCUCCGCACCAUGCAUGCCUAUCUCGUCUUCAUCACAGGACAUCACAAUGUCUUCAUCGUCCAAUUUUAAUGGCCUCGGCUCUCUUCAACAAGAGCCGCUGCAGACAUGAUAGUUUUUCCUUAAACGUAGUAGAAGUAGUACAAUUCUAAACGAUAGCUAAACUAUGAAGCUUCGUAUUUCACUUGACA